AUGUCUCUCCACAACAGCACCAGGUUCAAGCCUUCAGUGGUCUGGCUGACAGGAAUUCCUGGCAUGGAAACCAGCCACAUCUGGAUCUCCAUCCCCUUCUUCGCCAUGUACCUUGUCUCUGUUCUGGGAAACUCCACAAUUUUGUUCAUUAUCAAAACGGACAGAAGCCUCCACGAGCCCAUGUACGCUUUCCUCUCCAUGCUGGCCGUCACAGACCUGGGCCUUUCUAUCUCCACUAUGCCUACCAUCCUCGGCAUCUUUUGGUUCAAUGCCAGAGAAAUCAGCCUCAACGCCUGCUUCACCCAGCUGUUCUUUAUCCAUUUUCUUUCUGUUGUGGAAUCUUCGGUGCUCUUGGCCAUGGCCUUCGACCGUGUGGUGGCCAUUCGCAGCCCUCUGAGGUACGCCUCCAUCUUAACCAUGCCAAGAAUACGGAAGAUGGGACUGACUUUUGUGUUAAGAGGCGUGGCCAUGAUUUUGCCAUUGCCCUUCCUUCUCAGAAGGCAUCGAUAUUGCCGGGCCAACGUCCUCUUCCACUCUUACUGCCUGCACCAGGAAGUAAUGAAAUUGGCAUGCUCAAAUAUCACCGUCAACAUCAUUUAUGGCAUGUUCAUUAUUGUCACCACAGUGGGCAUGGACUCCGUCCUCAUCCUCUUGUCCUACACAAUAAUCCUGAAAACGGUGCUCAGCAUUGCUUCGUGGGAGGAACGUCUGAGGGCCCUGAACACCUGCGUCUCCCACAUCUGUGCCGUCUUGCUGUUCUACAUGCCUAUGAUCGGCUUGUCUGUGAUUCACAGGUUUGGGAAGAGCUCCCCUCUUCUGGUCCGUGUUUUCAUGGGCUAUGUUUAUCUUAUGGUACCACCCCUCAUGAAUCUUGUGGUGUACAGUGUGAAAACCAAACAAAUCCGUGGCCGGAUAAUUCAGAUAUUCUCCAAGGGAAGAACACACUUCUAA